AUGGAUACCAUGGGGGGUAAGGCAAAUGAAGUGAUGGCCGCGGAGCCAGUGCCGCUACCCCGAACCCUGGAUGCCGCCCUAGAUUUGCUCGAGAAGGAGGUCGUCCAACUCGGUCAGCUCAUGGACAGCUCGGCUCUCGAACAUUUCCUGCGGGUGAAACGAUUUGAACGGGAUUCUCUUGACCGGAAAGAUCCCGAAGACGUGCGGACAAUGUUGAGCGAGCUAUUUUAA